AUGCUUUGGGAUAGCAAGGCUAUGCUAGAUCAAUUUAUACCAUACGUGGAACACUUUGAAUCUAGAGAUGCAUGUGAUCUGGUUCAAGAUCAUACUCAACCUUUGGAGUUAAUAAUAUCUGCUGCUUUUGACGGCAAAGGAACGCCUUUGAGUGCCAAUCUCAAACCAAUGGAGGUCCCCCCACCCCAAGAUGUCCACAAAUCUGAGAAUUUUUUUGCCCCCAGUGAGAUUUCUGUUGGUGAGGGACGUCCACAUAAUUUGCUUGAUUUUCCUGCUAGACCUCUUCGAAACCUUUCAGAAUUCCUUUGUGUUUAUGAUUUUGAAGAUUUAGGGCUAAAAAGUAAAUGCAUGGAUGGCAGAGAAGCCAUGGCAUUUUCUAGUGGGUCAUCUCCUUACUAUAUUCAUAGAGGAAGUGAGAUUCUUGGGUCUGGGUCUGGAUCACAACAUGGUGCAUUACAUCCUCCAUCCGGGUUCAGAUCCUUGACCAGCCCUCACUUUGCUGCUCAAUCAAAUAUCAGGCUUGGUUCACCUGUGCCAGCAUUUUCAAUAGAGCCCCCAAAUGUCAAUUUUGGUCAUGCCAUUGACAUGGCUGCAACCUCUGAGGUGCAAGUGGGUGAGCCAGUGAAGAAGAAGCGAGGGAGGCCCCGGAAAUACGGCAUGGAUGGGCAGGUUUCUCUUGGAUUGUCUCCCUUGCCAGAUAAGCCUAAGCCAUCUUCAGGAGAGGAUUCUUCCACCCCGAAACGAAAUAGAGGGCGGCCUCCUGGGAGUGGAAGGAAGCAGCAAUUGGCUACUCUUGGUGAGUGGAUGAAUAGUUCAGCUGGUCAAGCUUUUUCACCGCAUAUGAUCAGCAUUGGAGUUGGAGAGGAUAUUGUUUCAAAGCUAUUGUCAUUUUCCCAACAGAGGCCAAGGGCUGUUUGCAUCUUGUCCGGCACUGGCACAGUUUCCUCAGUAACACUCCGUCAGCCAGCAUCUUCUGGGCCCUCUAUCACAUACGAGGGCCGUUUCGAGAUAUUAUGUUUGUCAGGCUCUUACUUGGUUGCUGAUGAUGGUGGGCCUCGUAACCGAACUGGUGGUAUAAGUGCUUCUCUUUCUAGUCCUGAUGGCCAUGUCAUUGGUGGUGCAAUUGCAAUGCUUAUUGCGGCCAGCCCGGUUCAGGUUGUGGUCUGUAGUUUUUUAUAUGGUGGUUCUAAGAAGGAUAAACAAGUAGGCCGUCCCAAAAACGAUAAAGACUCUGCACCUCAGCCUGAUGAUAAUUCAGCUAACCUGAAAUCAGUUACCCCUACCAGCAUGCCACCUCAAAGUUUCACUCCCUCUCCCAUGAGUGUUUGGCCUGGUCCACGGCCAGUUGAUAUGAGAAACCCACACACUGAUAUUGACUUGACUCGAGGAUGA